CGUUGUUAUUCCCCACCUCUCCUGCAGCCAUGACAUCCCGGACGGUUCCUCUCCACCUAGCUACCUUCGCGAUCGUCACGCCGAACAACAACCCGCUGUACGUUCAUAGCUAUACGGGCGUACAGGAUGAACUACGGUAUCACCAUAUCGCACAUUCGGCUCUCGACAUCAUCGAAGAGAGAGAAUCGAAUGUCGCUCGCAAAGAGGACAACUUCCUAGGCUUGCUUUUUAGCAUGGAUGAUCUCGCCGUGUACGGUUACCGGACAGCAUCUCGGUUGAGGAUCAUCGUCAGUUUAGGUCUGAUCGACGGGAUCAUCAAGGAUAGCGACGUCGUUACCAUUUGUCGGACAAUCCACCAACUGUACAACACCGCCUCUGCGAACCCUUUCCUCCUCCUGAACUCGAACCCGACACCGAAAGCAGAGGUCAUCUCCCCCUUGCCGCCCAUCUCCGACGGCGCGCUUUCGUUAUCGACCUUGCCUCGACCCGAAGAUCUCAGAUUGAGCGGGAAGAUGAAGUACGGGGCUGAAAGGUUGGGAAGGUUGCUUAACGGAGGCAGAUCGUGAGACUCGAGCUCGAUGGCUGGAGUCGCCAACGAAAUGACGGAGGUAUAACGACAAGACGACGAUUCGCUCGACACGACCCCCUCGUAGAAGUGGGAUGCCUUGUAUUGACGAGACUUUUUUAUAUUAGUGUACACGUAUAACGAUACCCCAUGAUACAAGACGCAAGAUGAGACCGGUCGAU